GUUUACGAUCGAAGGGACCCCUUUGUUGUUCUUCUCCUCUCUUCAAUUUUCAUCCCCAAAACCCCCAAAAUCUCUCAAACCCUAAUCCACCACCCACAUAUGAAUUAGCCUCCGAUUUCCCAAACCCUACAAAACAACCAUGUUCACCUCAAACCAACACCCCCCUCCUCCCUCCGGCUCCGGCUCCGCCUCCUCGCCGCUCCUCCCCAACUCCCUCACCGACAACCUCAUCCGCAGCCGCCGCCUCAUCCGCCAGCCCCCUCGCCCUCUCCGCGGCGCCGCCCGCUUCCUCCGCCGCGCCAGCGGCCGCCGCAUGCGCCUCCGCGAGCCCUCCGUCCGCGUCCGCGAGUCCGCCGCCGAGCAGCUGGAGGAGCGCCAGAGCGACUGGGCCUACUCCCGGCCCAUCGUCGUGCUCGACCUGCUCUGGAACGCCGUGCUGCUCGGAAUUGGCCUCGCCGUGCUUUGCCUCAGCUACGAGGAGAGCCCCGAGGUUCCUCUGAGGGUGUGGAUCGGCGGGUACGUGCUGCAGUGCGCGGUGCAUAUGUUCUGUGUUGGCGUGGAGUGCACGCGGCGGCGGCGCGUGGGGGAGGUGGGGCAGGCGGCGGCGGAGGAAGGGAGUCCGAGGUGGGAGAGCUCUUCGGCUUCGGGGAGUGAUGAGAGUGAAGAUUAUGGAAUGGAACAGAGCAUGGAGUAUAGUGCCACAAGUUUUGCAAAGAAUUUGGAGUCUGCAAACACCAUGUUUUCGUUUAUAUGGUGGAUUCUUGGGUUUUACUGGGUGACUGCCGGCGGUGAAAGUUUGACGACUGACUCUCCUCAAUUAUACUGGAUUACUAUUACUUUUCUGGCUUUGGAUGUUGUUUUUGUGGUGAUUUGCGUUGCCGUUGCUUCCCUCAUUGGUAUAGCUGUUUGCUUCUGUCUUCCGUGCAUCAUUGCCAUCUUAUAUGUCGUAACAGAUCAGGAAGGAGCAACUAAGGAAGAGAUUGAUCAUUUGCCAAAGUACAAGUUUCGCAAGGUGACUGAUUUUGAGAAAGUAAAUGGUGAAAUCCAAGAGUCUUUCGGAGGAAUAAUAACCGAAUGUGACACUGAUGCACCAGCAGAACAUGCUCUCUCCCAAGAAGAUGCUGAAUGCUGCAUCUGCCUUUGUGCCUAUGAUGAUGGAGUUGAACUGCGUGAGCUCCCUUGCCGCCAUCAUUUUCACUGCACCUGCAUAGACAAGUGGUUACAAAUCAAUGCCACCUGCCCUCUCUGCAAGUUCAACAUUUUGAAGUCAGCUGGCCAGAGUAGCAGUGAAGAGGUAUGAAAAGAUGGGUCUGUAAAUUAGUUGGGACCAGAGUAUAUUUCCUCGCUGUACGUAUAUAUAGUAGACCGUGAACAAGAUUUCUCAAGGACCUGGGAUCCAUUCUGCCGGAUGCAUCAUCAGGGUAGGCUUUGACGUCAUAGUAUAUUCUGUAUGGGGGCAUGUUUUUGUAAUUUUGAAUAAAAAAAGGUUUCCAUGUAAUGCUUCUCAGUUCAAUAUAAAAGCUACAAAAAAUAGCUAUGCUUGUCUGAUU